AUGUGCGGCCACGACACCUCGACAACCCCCCGUAUCGGCGCCCGCGUCGACCUCUUCUCCCGUGCCACCAGCGGCCCCCUGGGCAACCUCAUCUUCCUCGACCCGUCCGAGCCCGACAGCACGGUGGCCACCCACGUCAGGUUCACGCCCGAGGACGACGGCCUGGACGCGGACUCGCAGAUCCUGGUCUCGAUACAGUCAGAAGCUAACAUGGGGGGAAACAGCUCGACUGGGGAUUUGACAAAGUCCGUUUGUGAUAGCGGGCUGUUUCGACAGUUCCGUCUACCGGCGCGGUGGCUGCGGGCGGAUACCCUGGAGGUGGCCCUGGAUAGGCCGGUGUCAUUGAUGGUUGGGGGAGAUGGCAUCAUCGGGCGGCGGGUUUCGAUGCUCGGCGAGCGGGGGUUGGCUGAGGAGACGCUGCUGGCGGAUGGGAUUGUUGGGUUCAACUCUAUUUGAUGAUGAGGUGUCUAACGAUUCUUUUGGGUCUGGAGUUUGGGUUGCAUAGCGGAUAUGGACGUCGGUCAUCGGGCGGCAAGCAUGGGAGUUUGGGUAUGGUUGUUGGCUUUUUACCUCGACUUAAGAUAUCAAGUCGAUCAUACCAGUCAGCAGGGUUUGCAAGAGCAAUUUAGAAGAGAGCAAGGGCCACGCAUUAUCAUCGUCAAGGUAGCCAGAUCAUAUUAUUGCUCUUACGCCACUGCGUCCCGAGGCAUGUGUCGUUAAACAUAGAAGGUCAAAGUCUCGCACAAGCACUGGGAUCUCUUCCAGCUUUUUGUUAUGAGAGGGCUUAUACAGUC